UUGCCAUUGAGGUAAAGCAGAGCUACACGGUGGACUGUUGCCGCCGCGGUGGGAGUUGUUGUUAUCAAAACUAACAACAUCGUUCCUCUUUUCUGGUGAAACCUUUUUUGGACGAAGGUUUGCAUCCAAACUGAGCUGGGGAAGUAAAUAUUUCUGUUUUUGCUGACUAUUCAACCGCCAACUAGUCACCGCGGCGAGUCAAGUGGGAACUCUUCACUGCAAUUAACUUGUGUGGAUUUGUUUCUGAUGCUCUGACCGAGAGCCGGCAGUUUGCCGCUGUCUGUUCAGGGGUCUACAGGCUUGAUUUUGUCUUGUUUGUUUGUUUGUUCGUCUCUCUCCACUCGGAAUACGUCGGAUCCUACACAAAACAAACGCUAGAGUGAUUGAGGUGGCUCCAGCCUUUUCAUUUCUCACCUGGUUCAUACCCUCCUCCUCCUCCUGCAUCUCCUCCUCCUCCCCCUCUUAGCUGCCUUCAGCUAAUGAGCCGUUUCCCGUGUUUUUCCGGCUGAUUUACGGCUGCACUGCCGGUGGAGCGGAGGAGAGACAGCUCACCGAAAGAAAAGCGAGAGACAGCGGGGAAGCAGGGAUUCACAUUAAACGGUCGGUGAACUCGGACGGAGCGGCUGGGCGGUCGGUUUUGUUUGAAAUUAACGACAGUUGGUCCUCGUAACAAACGGCGGAUGGGUUCCUCUCCGUGAUCUGGAGCACCUCAGAGCCUUUACUGCACCCUAGUUUGAUCCCUCGAAACGGGUGUUUGAGAAGGAAACGGGCGCAUCCUCCCCGGAGAUAACAAUGUUUCCCCAGGGGCGACACCCGACGCCCCACCAGGCUCCAGGCCAGCCCUUCAAGUUCACCAUCCCAGAGUCACUGGACCGCAUCAAGGAGGAGUUCCAGUUUCUCCAGGCACAGUACCACAGUCUCAAGCUGGAGUGUGAGAAGCUGGCCAGCGAAAAGACUGAGAUGCAGAGACACUAUGUCAUGUACUACGAGAUGUCUUAUGGCCUCAACAUCGAAAUGCACAAACAGACUGAGAUUGCCAAGAGACUAAACACCAUCUGUGCACAAGUCAUCCCCUUCCUCUCACAGGAGCAUCAGCAGCAGGUGGUCCAAGCUGUGGAGCGGGCCAAACAGGUGACCAUGGCAGAGCUUAAUGCUGUCAUCGGGGUACGUGGACUGCCAGGUCUUCCACCUACCCAGCAGCACCUAUCCCAUAGCCAUGGUGGUGCCCCUGUGCCCCUUACUCCCCACCCCGCAGGCCUCCACCCGUCUCAGCUGGGUGGUUCAGCUGGUCUCCUGGCUCUAUCAGGAGCACUUGGUGCUAUUCCUCCUCAUCUGGUGGGAAAAGACGGUGGGGAUAAAAAGCCCCACCUGUCCGGACCAGACUCGCACCCUGCAGGACCUGAGCACCUGAGAGACCGAGAACCCGGCACAAGUAACUCAUUGCUGCCAGAAAGUCUCAGGAACUCAGAUAAGCGACGUAACGGACCUGAUUUUUCAAAUGACACCAAGAAACGUAAAGUGGAGGACAAGGACUCCAGCCACUAUGAUAGUGACGGGGAGAAAAGUGAUGAUAAUUUAGUGGUGGAUGUCUCAAAUGAGGAUCCAACUUCCCCUCGUGGGACGCCUCUCCCCUCCCCUAGAGAGAAUGGCCUGGAUAAAGCACGUCUCCUCAAGAAAGAUCCCUGCAGUCCAGCCUCUACUGCGUCAUCAGCUAGCUCCUCCUCCCUCAAGUCCAAAGAGAUGGCAAUGCGAGACAAAGCAGGAACACCUGGGCUAAAAUCAAGCACACCCACACCUAGAGGUGAUUCCACCCCUGGUCCAAGUUCCACACCUGGUAUCCGGCCCAGCCUAUCAAAACCCCCCUCCAUGGAGAUACCACAUCCACCCACUGCAGGUCUGCGGACUCCUCUGGCUGUGCCAGGUCCAUACCCGGGUGCAUUUGGUAUGUUGCCCCAUGCAGCAGGGAUGAACGGGGAGCUUGCUGGAGCAGCUGGGGCUGCAGCCUAUGCUGCUGGACUACACAACAUGUCACCUCAGAUGAGUGCUGCUGCGGCGGCCGCUGUGGCUGCGUAUGGCCGUUCACCUAUGGUUGGUUUUGAUCCUCAUCCUCACAUGCGAGUUCCUGGAAUGCCUCCCAGUCUGACAGGAAUUCCUGGCGGCAAACCUGCCUAUUCCUUUCACGUGGCAGCUGAUGGACAGAUGCAGCCAGUGCCGUUCCCACCAGAUGCUCUAGUGGGCCCAGGGAUCCCUCGCCACGCCCGUCAGAUCAACACAUUGAACCACGGAGAGGUGGUGUGCGCCGUUACCAUCAGUAACCCCACCAGACAUGUUUACACAGGAGGGAAGGGUUGCGUCAAGGUCUGGGACAUUAGUCACCCAGGCAACAAGAGCCCCGUGUCGCAGCUCGACUGUCUGAACAGAGACAACUACAUCCGCUCCUGUCGUCUCCUCCCUGAUGGUCGGACGCUGAUUGUGGGAGGUGAGGCUAGCACGUUGUCAAUCUGGGAUUUGGCCACGCCCACGCCCAGGAUUAAGGCAGAGUUAACAUCAUCAGCACCAGCAUGCUACGCUCUGGCCAUCAGCCCGGACUCCAAGGUCUGCUUCUCCUGUUGUAGCGAUGGAAACAUUGCUGUCUGGGAUUUACACAACCAGACACUGGUCAGGCAGUUCCAGGGCCACACAGAUGGAGCCAGCUGUAUUGACAUUUCCAAUGAUGGCACCAAGCUGUGGACUGGAGGCCUGGAUAACACUGUCCGCUCCUGGGAUCUCAGAGAGGGACGGCAGCUGCAGCAGCACGACUUUACAUCACAGAUCUUCUCUCUUGGCUACUGUCCAACAGGAGAGUGGCUUGCUGUGGGAAUGGAAAGCAGCAACGUUGAGGUCCUUCAUGUCACCAAGCCUGACAAAUACCAGCUUCAUCUUCAUGAGAGCUGUGUACUCUCUCUGCAGUUUGCCUACUGUGGCAAAUGGUUUGUGAGCACAGGGAAGGAUAACUUACUAAAUGCAUGGAGAACACCCUAUGGAGCCAGCAUAUUCCAGUCUAAAGAAUCAUCCUCGGUUCUAAGCUGCGACAUAUCAGUGGAUGACAAAUACAUCGUCACUGGUUCAGGGGACAAGAAGGCAACUGUUUACGAGGUCAUCUACUAAGAAUAUGGAAAGAAAGCAAGGACAUUUGUUCUUUUCCACAUAACCAAUACCUUUCUAGACAAUUUCGUUUGGACCUAGAAAUGACAGACAACAGUGACCUUGAUGGUACAUUCCUUUUUCUGUUACAUCUAUGGAGGAGACGCAGAAAGAAGUACAUUUUACAUGCACAUAUCCAUUGUGCCUGUAUACAUUGUUCCAUUUGGAGUUGGGAAUUAAUUGAAGAAGUUGGAUGUUAAUAGGAGCAGAAGAAGUGGAUGUUAAUUUUUUUUUUGUUGUUGUUGUUUUUACUGCUUUCUGCUAAGAACUGCACUUGGAUCAGUUACGGGGACCAGACAAUGACUGAACCAAAGGGGCUCCGCAUUUAUUAAACUGGGACCAGCUCUUCUGGAGAACACUGAACUGAACAUCAGAUAUUAAAACACACAAUGUUCUGUGUCACAAUCUUGGGCCGUGACCCUAGAAUGAACAUUGAAACCCGAGGGAUAAAUAUGUUAACAAACGACAGACGUCAAGAGCAAAAGUUGGACAGAAGCGAACAAAGUUAUGGAGAGACAAAGGAGCAAAGGCAACUGUUGAUGGACAGAUGAACAUUUUACAGGCAGUGAAUGUGAAACAUGUUGGUUUAUAUUUUGUUCCAGACAGACAACGCUCACAGGCUGUUGAUCUUUCAGCUCUGACUCCUUUGACCUUAGAACCUCAGCUUGCUGUUCUGAUACGCCUACACUGUCUGAAUAGUGCUAAGUACCUUUGCUGUCUUAACAGUAAGUCCAGUCCUCACUAACUGCACUGUAGUGGUAGCUGCCCACCCACACAUUUAGUACACACACUACUUAAAGAAUAUCCAUAACAUGACAGUAAACACAAUAGAUAUAAACCAUCUUGAAGAUGGGCUAGUUUGAUUCUCCUGAGACACAAUACUUUUUCACAGUAAAAAAAUAGCUUACCAAACCAAAUAAGUUUCCACAACAGGAGAAUAUAUUCAAAUUAAUUUUACAGCAGGUCUGGACUUGCAUAAGCCCCAAUUUAAGGCUGGUGGUUCUGAAAAAAAAAUCAACUUGUUUUCUCCUUUUUUCCCCGCUUUCCUCUUAUUCUUACGAUCCUGGUUGAAAGAACUGAUGAAAUCCUGAAAGGAAAAAUGUCUCAAAGGUUGAUCCUUCUUUCCAUUCACUACCCUUUUUUUUUUUUCUUUUCUAGUGUUUCUUUUUCAACCAAUUAUUUUUCUUGACAAACCGGUGCUCUACGAGAUUUAAAGUCUUCAGGAUAUUGGGAGAAAUGUUGAUAGCUACAUUUGAAAGUAAGGAAGGAAGAAUCGGAAAGCAACAUACGCCUUCAAACUCAUUCUUUGUUAAAUUCCUACACGCGGGUUAAACGUGUGCAGCAGAGGUGCGUCAUCAACUACACAUGUUUACAUUAGUAGUACCAACUUAACUCAGUCUCUGAUUUGAGCUGAAAGCAUUUCAGUAACUGAUAUUGUUGCCACUAUUGAUAAUCAAUCAGCUGGGUACAGCUUCAGAUAAACAAAUAACUAUUUUGAUUAUGGUCAUAUUGAAAUCAAGUGAAAUUCAAUUGCAAAUAAUUUGCUUGUGGUUUCUUCCAAAAUAUGCUCAUUGGUCGAGGUCAUGAUGAUUCAGAUAAAUGGUCUUGAAUUUAAUUCGCUCUCUUCAGUUUAAAUAGGAACAAAUUCUUUCAGUUACUGUAUUUACUGUUGUAAACUCACCCCAGUCAUGCCUUUAUCACUCUUUAAAGCACGUGAUGUCUUACCGAAUGGUCAAUCAUAAACAGGGACAGCCUUCACUGCGAAAAAGGAGAGUAAAUUAACAUUGUGUUUUUCUGAAAAUCCUAUUAGAACAAGUGAAAAGUCCUCUUAAUCAUAUUCUCAAACCAUAUUGCCUUUUUUCCAGCUACUGUAUUGUGAUAUUUCUCAGCUACAUUCUUCAAACCGGGACAUUUGUGAAAUAACGUUGAGAAGUAAAAGUAUGUCAUGCUGUUGUCUUUACUUCAAAAAGACGAUUACAAGACUACAAGUAAGAUUCAAUGAUUGGUUAGGAUGGUCUUUUACUUACAAAGGAAGUUUGCAAAGGUGCCGUCGUCAUUUCAGCUUCAGGAAGGAGUCAGUCAGUUUCAGCCAUUUUAAACUCAAUAAUUUCAUGACCAUGUGCUUAGUUUUCUUUUUUUUUCCUUUUUAAUCUAUUUUUGUCUGUUGAAUGUUUGUAAAAAUGUAUAUAUUUCUUCUUUUCUUACAGGACAUGCUUUAGAAAUAACAAACUGUUUUUGUACGUCUUUUACAUGUAAAAGAAACGUCAUAAGAUAUACUAAAUGGUCUUAAUGCUAGCUAAUCUAAAAUGAUUGAAAAGUCUAGAUAAUAAAUGUGUUUUUUUGUAACUGGA